AUGACGGGCCAGAUGAACUCACGCCUGAACAAUGAUUUGCGGCAAGCGCUGUCGCCAGCAACUGUGAAGCAAGUAAGCAUCAUCAUGAAUGCUUUCGUGGCCAACAUAGUGAUGCUGAUUGUUGGUUUCGGUAUCUGCCUCCAAGCGUCUUGGAGACUCACAGUCCUCGCUUUCACGGUGCUCACUCCUGUGGUGCACAUCUCUGCGGAGUUCAGCACCUGGGCCUCCAAGCUGAUGAUGUCUCAGUGGACCUACCUGGCUGAUGCAUCCGGCGCCGCCACACAGGCUCUCACCAACAUCCGCACGGUCCGAAUGUUCGGAGCACGGACCAUCGAAAUGGAGAAGUAUGAGGGGCACAUUCGCAAGUCGAUGGAUGUAGGUUUACGGUCCGCCUGGGGUCAGGGUGCAGCUGGACUCCUCUCGGCACUGGUGCAGCAGGGGGCUUCCUUCAUCAUCCUGUACUAUGGUGGACAUCUGGCGCUUAAGCACGAGUUCGAGGUCGGGUCCAUCAUCACCUUCACCUAUCUCUGGAAUCGGCUCAGUGGUGCGUUCACUUCCCUCAAUGAGAACAUCAAUCAGCCAGUGAAGGCUGUUAGUGCUGGGCAGCGAGUGUUCGAAAUCCUGGACUUGCAGCCAGACAUCCCGGAGGAGGAGGGCGACCCCUUCCCUGAGGAGUCGAAACAGGUGGGCAUUCGAUUUGAGAACGUGGAGUACACAUACCUGUCCAGACCCGACAAGAAGGUUUUGGACGGAGUAACCUUGGACAUUCGCGCUGGCAAGACGACGGCUAUCGUGGGCAAGAGCGGAUGUGGAAAGUCCACACUGAGCAAGCUCGUGCUGCGCUUCUACGAUCCGCAGGGUGGUGCGGUCUUCUUGAACGCUACCGAGCUGCAGUGUAUGCAUCUUCUGCAGUAUCGCAACAAAGUGGGCGUGGUCUCGCAGGACACACAACUUUUCCGGAUGACCGUCACAGAGAACAUCACCUACGGUCUCCGUGCCACGGAGUACACCAUGGAGGAUGUGGAGCGAGCAGCGAAGCUCGCAAACGCCGACGAGUUUAUUCGGGCAUUGCCAGAAGGGUACAGCACCAUGAUCGGCGAGAGUGGACACGACCUGAGCGGCGGUCAGAAGCAGCGGCUCAGCAUUGCGCGAGCUCUUGUCCGCAGGCCACGGAUCCUUCUACUUGAUGAGGCAACCUCUGCGCUGGACGCAGAGAACGAAGCCAUGGUGCAGGCGGCCUUGGACUCCUUGAUGCACCAGAUGCAGGGUACCUGCACAAUCAUGGUCAUCGCUCACCGGCUCUCUACCAUCAAGGACGCUGACCGCAUCAUCGUCCUGCAUGAAGGUCAGGUGGUGGAGCAGGGUACGCAUGACGAGCUCCUGCAGAUCAAGGAAGGCCGCUACGCCACCAUGAUCGCCAGACAGCUUCAAGGUGGAUCAGCUGAUGGCGGUGCAGACGGAGAGGAAGGGUCAAAGGAGAAGAAGGUGGAGGAUGCGAUUGCUGAGAUCAUGGCCAUCGUAGAGAGCGUGAACGAGGACAAGCGCAAGGAAGUUCUCAUGGGCAUCAUGAAAAAGGCCAAGGGUGCAGGCAAAGGCAAAGGGUCUUGA